AUGACCGGUAUCUGGAUAAAGUGCUGCGCCUUUGCGCUGUUGGUUUGUGCACAAAAACUCCUUGCCUUACCCAGGGUGGACGAAGACACGGGCUUUAGCGACAGUGCAUCCACUCUGGCCUUUGUGUUCGAUGUUACCGGCUCCAUGUACGACGACCUCAAACAGGUGAUAGAUGGCGCUUCUCGGAUCUUGGAAAGAACCCUGAGCCGGAGAACGAGAGCCAUAAAAAACUUUGUUCUCGUCCCGUUCCAUGACCCAGAUAUUGGCCCGGUGUCCAUCACCACUGACCCGAAGAAGUUCCAGCAUGAUCUCCAGGAGCUGUUUGUGCAGGGGGGUGGGGACUGUCCCGAGAUGAGCAUAGGGGCCAUCAAGAAGGCUCUGGAGGUGUCCCUGCCGGGGUCCUUCAUCUACGUCUUCACGGAUGCCAGGGCGAAGGAUUAUCGCCUCAAACAGGAUGUACUUCAGCUGGUGCAGCUUCGCCAGUCACAGGUGGUGUUUGUUCUGACAGGCGACUGUGGUGACCGUUCCCAGCCUGGAUAUAAAGUCUACGAGGAAAUUGCUGCCACCAGCUCUGGGCAGAUAUUUCACCUGGACAAACAACAGGUCAACGAGGUCCUGAAGUGGGUGGAGGAGACGGUCCAGGCCAUGAAGGUCCACCUGCUGUCCUCCAACCAUGACAGCGCACAGGAGAACCAGUGGGAGGUGCCCUUUGAUCCCAGUCUGAAGGAAGUGACAGUGUCCCUCAGCGGCCCCGCCCCGCAGAUUGAGCUGAAAGAUCCUUUCGGUCGCAGUGUUGGAGAAGCGCAGGGACUAAAGGAACUUCUGAAUAUCCCAAACUCUGCCCGUGUGGUUAAUCUGAAGUAUCCCCGACCUGGAGCCUGGACUCUGAAGGUGGGCUGCAGCGGACGCCACACACUCAGGGUCACGGGGGUCAGCAGUCUGGACUUCCGGGCCGGAUUUUCCAGCCUGCCGGUGACCGAGUUCAACCACACCAGGGAGCGGCCCAUUCAAGGUGUCCCGGCCCAUGUCCUGCUGAAAUGCACAGGGCUGCACCCCCCCGGGCAGCUGAAUCAGGUGGAUCUGGUUUCGGCCUCCGGGCGCUCCCUACGCACCCUCCCCGUCCCCCUGCCCCGGGACCAGGGCAGCCGCGGCCUCUGGACCGUCCCUGAAUUCCGCACCCCGUCCCAAAGCUUCUUCCUGAAAGUGUCAGGGAAGGAUGCCGAUGGAUACCGAUUCCAGCGACUGUCCAGCGUCUCCUACACCAACGUCAUCCCAGAUGCCCCAGUAGUGAGCAUGGCCAGUACAACAAAGGGCUUCUACAUGCAGUCCGUUGUGAUUGGCUGUUCCGUGGAGAGUGAUGUGCCUUACAGGCUGAGAUUCACCAGGGGCGGAGUCACACUUGGGGAGGAGCAGCUCUUCCAGUCCUCUUCCAGAGCAUCAUGGGAAAUCCCACACGCCUCGGCCGAGGAUGAGGGCCAGUACGAGUGUGUGGCUCAGAGCAGCGCAGGACUGGGGAGAGCUCAAACACAGCUGACUGUCAGAGAGCCCCCCCCAGCUCUCAGGCCUCCGCAGAACGUGACCUCGCCCCCGGGGGGCGUGGCCGUGCUCACCUGCCAGGUGGAGGGCUCCAUGCGGCACAACCUGACGUGGCGUCGGGAGGGGCGGGGCCUGGCGGCCCGGGCGGGGCGAGUGAGGGUGCUGCGUAACUCAUCCCUGGAGAUCGACGGCGUCCGGCCCCAGGAUGCGGGGGAGUACCAGUGCGUGGCGUCCAACUCGGAGGGGGAGACGCGGGCCACCGUCUGGCUGCAGGUCCCAGAGGCUCCAUCUGUGGUGGUUACCCCUCGAACCCAGACCUUCUCCCGGGGGGCAGAGGUCCACAUCACCUGCUCUGCAACCGGGUCCCCACCUCCGCAGGUCUUCUGGAGCCACGAAAACCUCUUUCUGACGAGCAGACGCAGAGUGACUGUUUCUAAACACGGAGCGCUGACCAUCAGAGAGGCCGUCCCAGAGGAUGCUGGGAACUACACAUGCCUGGCGUCCAACGGGGCCGGAACUGCCGCCCAGUCGGUGUCUCUGCGCUACGCAGAGCCUCCCAGCAUUUCAGCCACAAGGCAGACUGUGUUGGCUGUUGCCGGGGGUGACGCCAUGUUAGAGUGCAAAGCUACUGGGGAUCCACUUCCUCUGGUCAAAUGGCUGAAAGGUGAUCUGCAGGUGGCGACGCUGCCCUUUGCCGAGCAGGACCCCCAUCGCGGGACGCUGCACAUUCGGGGGGUGCAGGAGAGGGAUGGGGGGGAGUUCAGCUGUGUGGCCAGCAGCUCGGCCGGCUCGUCGUCUGCCACGGUCACCCUGGAGGUCGGAGUGCCCCCCCAGUUCUCCGUUACCCCGAGUGACGUCACCGCCAACGUUGGGGAGAAUGUCACAUUGCCCUGUGCCGCACGCGGUGUCCCUCCCCCCACCAUCACCUGGCACCGGAAGGACGGGCAGCCGGUCUACGCCGUGCCCAACGGUCACACUGGCACCCUGCAGCUCGGGUCAGGAGCUCUUCUGAUCCAGAGUGCGUGGCUGGACGACGAAGGAGUAUACGUCUGCGAAGCCCAAAACCGGUUGGGGUCCAUCAGAACCGAGGCACGAGUUGCGGUCUCCGGCCUGGAGCCUCCUCUUUUGGCUCAAGGUGCCCCAGUGCUCACCACUGUGAUUGGUCAGUCCCUUACCAUUCCUUGCAUGCUACUGGAUGGAAUCCCUCUUCCAGACAGACAUUGGACACAUAAUGGAAAACCAGUCCAGAUGAACUCCCGGACCUUCCUGCGGAGUGACGGCAGCCUGUAUGUCGACAGGGUUGUGUCAGAGGAUGCUGGGAAAUAUGUCUGCACUGCCAUUAACGUGGCGGGGUCCAUGAACAUAUCAGUGACCCUGGAGGUCCAUGUUCCCCCUGAGAUAAACCCUGGUCAAUUCCAUUACAUCACCAACGAGGGCGUGGCCAUCGCUCUGUCAUGUGACUCCACUGGAGUGCCCAAGCCAACCAUCACCUGGUCCAAGGGAAGGGAGCCCCUGUCCCGGGACAGAGCGUCCCCCCAGCAGGGCCCGGAGGGUCAGCUGUACUUCCCCAGCCCCUCUGCAGAGGAUGCGGGCGUCUAUAUCUGCACGGCCACCAGUCCCGUGGGCUACGCCAGCCGGGAGAUACAGCUCAGCGUCAACACGAAGCCAAGAAUUGUGGGAAGGAGUGGUGAAGAACAGCCAAUUAAAAUGGUUGCUGAGGUGGGGUCAGAGGUCAUUCUACCCUGCGAGGUGGAGGGAAGUCCCUCCCCGCUUGUCACAUGGAGCAGGGAUGGCCACUCCAUCCCUCCAAUCUCUGCCUGGUUCAGCGUGUUGCCCUCUGGGUCUCUGAGGAUCAGUGAUGUGCGACUGAUAGACAGCAAACACUACACCUGCUCUGCUUCAAACCCGGCCGGGAACGUGUCCGUCACCUACAGUUUACAAGCACAAGCCCAGCCCAGAAUUCAGGCCACGCCCCCGCUGCUGAAGGCAGUGAUUGGUCAGACUGUGACCGUACCCUGUACGGUACAGGGAGAGCCUGCCCCUCAGAUCAGCUGGUACCACAACGGGACGCAUCUGAAGGGGGGCGGGGAGCUCCGAAUUGUGGGGGUCAGCCAUUCUGACGGGGGGGCUUACAAAUGUGUGGCGGAGAACAGCGCCGGGCAGGACAGCAUGGAAACAGUCCUGGAAGUGUUGGAGGCCCCCUUCUUUGCUGAUCCUGGCGAUGACAUCAUGGAGAGAGUAGCCAAUGACAAGGUGGCGAUUCCCUGCCCGGCUGAAGGCUCGCCCCCUCCAAAGGUGCGCUGGUUUAGGAACGGCCUGGAAAUUCAUCCUGACCAAUCAGGACUCGGGGUCUCCUUCUCCAAGGAUGGGUCCCUUGUGAUUGGCUCCUCGUCUGCCAGUCACAGUGGGGACUUCAAAUGCGUGGCGACCAAUGAGGCGGGUUCUGUGGAGAGGAAGACCAAGCUGAAAGUAAACGUUCCCCCGGAGAUCCAGGAUGAUGGACAGGCCCUCAAUCUGACCGUCACCCUCGGGCAGCCCCUCAGCCUGGGCUGUGAUGCCUUUGGGAUUCCCUCUCCCGCCAUCACCUGGAGCAAAGAUGGUCGACCUGUGGUUGACUCCCCGGGGGCCUACCUGCAGAACGGGAAGAGACUCCUGAGAAUCUACCGGGUGCAGACGGAGCAUUCCGGUCAGUUCUCCUGCAGGGCGUCGAAUAAGGCGGGUGAGGCGAGGAGGGACUACAACAUUGUGGUGCAAGCCCCCCCUGUGAUCUCGGGCUCAUCGGGGGUGCAGGAGCUGGCCGUGGUGGCCGGUCAGGAGGUGGAGCUGCAGUGCCGGGUCAGUGGCCGCCCAGCACCCCGAGUGGAAUGGAGCCGCGAUGGAGAGGUGUUGUCCCGUGACGGGGACCCCCAUGUGGAGUUCUCCGAGAAGGGUCAGGUGAUCAAGGUGAAGUCAGUCCGGCUGAGGGACCAGGGCCUGUACCGCUGCGUGGCCAGCAACAGCGCCGGGACCCAGACACGACAGUUCAGAGUCACUGUGCAGGCACCCCCUACCAUCCGGGGCAGCGAGAGCUCGGAGGUGUCGGUGGUUCUGGGCUUCCCCGCUGUGCUGCCCUGUGACGCUGAGGGCGUGCCAGCACCCAGCCUCACCUGGCUGAAGGACGGCCAGCCAAUCGUGUCCAGCGCUCGUCUUACCUACACCCGGGCGGGGCAGGCCCUGCACCUGGGGGCGGCGCGGGGGGACGACUCGGGGGUCUACACCUGCCGGGCCACCAACCCCGCCGGCACCGCCCACAGACACUACACGCUGAGGGUGCUGGUGCCCCCCCAGAUUGAAGCAGACGAUUCUACAGCCGUGGGUUUCGGCAGCAGGGAGGCAAAAGUUCGGAUCAACGGGACAUUGGCACUGUCCUGUCUGUCCAAGGGCUUUCCUGAGCCCACAACGCAGUGGUUCAGAGAUGGACAGCAGCUGGUCGGUGACACUCACGUCGGGAUCCGGCCCAGCGGCCACGUCCUGCGCAUCGAAAACGCCCUCCUCUCCCACGAGGGACAGUACACCUGCGUGGUGUCCAACGCAGCCGGGGAGGACAAGAGGGACUUCCACGUCACCGUGCAGGUGCCCCCUAUCUUCCACCGAGUGAAUAACGGGCCAGCGGCCUGGGGGCUGGGGGAGGAGGAGGAGGAGGGAGGAAAUGGGGGGGAGGAGAUGACAGAGAGGCGUGAGGUGGUCCUGGGUCACCCCGUCACCCUGUCGUGCGAGAGCAACGCCAUCCCCCCGCCCCGUCUCAGCUGGUACCGCCAGGGCCGCAAGCUCUCCACUGCCGACGGAGUGGUGCUGCUUCCUGGAGGGCAGGUUCUGCAGAUCCCGCGGGUCCGAAAGGAGGAUGCUGGGAAGUAUACAUGCCAGGCAGUGAACGAGGUGGGCGAGGACCGCAUGCACUUUGAACUGGAGGUUCUGGUGCCCCCAGGCAUCAUGGGUCAGGUGGAUGAGUUCAUGGAGGAGGUCACUGCAGUGGUGAACACUUCGGUCCAGCUCAGGUGUGAGGUGUCUGGGAACCCCGCACCAGCAAUCUCCUGGCUCAAGGACGGCCUACCCCUCUACAGUAGCUCACACUACCAGAUCCUGGAGGAUGGGAAACUGCUGGAGAUCACCAGCGUGCAGGUUGCAGACAUGGCAGGAUACCUGUGCGUGGCAGAGAACAAGGUGGGAGCAGCGGAGAAACUCUUCAGUGUGACUGUACAAGUUCCCCCGAGAAUCGUUGGACAGAGGGAGGAAGAGAUGAGCGUGAUAGAGGGCCACAUGGUGUCCCUGCUGUGUGACGUCCAGGCCUACCCUCCCCCUGACAUCAUCUGGACCAAGGAUGGGCAGACCCUGCAGUUCAGCACCGGCAUCCACAUCCUACCGGGGGGUCAGAUGCUGCAGUUUCCCCGGGCGAGAGUGCAGGACGCUGGGCAGUACGUCUGCACAGCCACCAACCCUGCAGGGCUGGACCAGAGGAGCAUCCAGCUCAGCGUCUAUGUCCCACCCAUCCUGAAGCCCCGGGCCGACUCUGAGCCAGAGUUCGUGACCCCUCAGGUUGGGUCAUUUGUGUCUCUGCGAUGUGAGGCCGAGGGCGUGCCGGAGCCCGAGGUUACAUGGUACCGCAACGGCCUGCAGCUGGCUCCGGGAAACGGGCUGAAGAUAGGGCGCCACCUGCUGGAGAUCCAGGGAGUGCAGGUGGCUGACAGUGGCAUCUACACAUGCAAGGUGUCAAACAUCGCUGGGCAGGUGGACAGGACUUUCCGAAUGACUGUCCAUGUUCCCCCCGUCCUGAAUGAGCCACUCCAAGAGGCUCUCGUCCAAACCCUGGGCUCCCACAUCACCCUGAUCUGUGAGGCUACCGGGGUUCCCACACCCACCAUCACCUGGAUGAAAGAUGGCGCCCCUAUUGAGACCAGCGUUCAGUGGCAGUGGUCGGUGCGAGGCAGCAGGUUGGAGCUCGGACCCUUGCAGCUCUCUCACGCCGGUACCUACACCUGUGUGGCCAAGAACAGCGAGGGGGCGAAGCGCAAGGACUACAGCCUGACGGUGCAGGUUUCUCCCACUAUCCUGGACUCAGGACACCCCCCUGACAUCAGCGCUCCUGUCGGCGAGGACCUGACCCUGGAAUGCCGAGUGACAGGGACCCCAAAACCCCAGCUGUCCUGGCUGAAAAACGGGGCACCCCUGGAUGCUAGUGACACGCAGCAUUUACACUUGUCUCCUGAUGGAGGCGCUCUGACGCUGAUGGGGCUGAGGCCGGCGGACUCAGGGACGUACACCUGCCUGGCGGUCAGUCCUGCAGGCCGGGAGAGCAAGAUCUACACCCUGUCUGUGCUGGUGCCACCCUCCAUUGUGGGUGACGUGGGCACCCCCAGGGAGGUGCAGGCGACCCAGGACAGCGUGCUGACCCUGGAGUGCCAGGCGGCGGGUAACCCCCUGCCACAGAUCAGCUGGCUGAGGAACGGACGUCCCCUACCCCUCUCCCCUCGCACCCGCCUCCUCUCUGGGGACACUGUCGUCAGGAUCUCUCCGGUCCAACUGUCGGACUCCGGGGUGUACACCUGCGUGGCCCGCAGUCGGGCGGGACUGGCAGAACUCAGCUACGACGUGCAGGUCCAAGUUCCCCCAGGUGUGGAUCACGUGGAGCCCACCGAGCAGGUGACGGUGGUGCAGGGCUCGCUGGUGACGCUCACCUGCGAGGCGAGGGGGGUGCCGCCCCCCUCCCUGUCUUGGCUGAAGGACGGCCAGCCCCUCUCCCUCCAGCGGAACCUGCUGCUGGACGGGCAGGAGACUCGGCUCCGCCUCCCCGAUGUGGGCCCCUCCGACGCCGGCCUCUACAGCUGCGUCGCCAGCAACCAGGCCGGCAGCAGCACCAAGGCCUUCAACCUCACCGUGCUGGAGCCUCCGAGGAUCUCUGACUCCGGCUCCCCAGAGGAAGUGUCCGUCGCCGUGAACGGUCCCCUGGAGCUGGAGUGCGCGGCAGAAGGGGUUCCCCCUCCCACCCUGAGCUGGCUGAAGGAUGGGCGCCCCCUGGAGGGGGCGGGGAUGGUGCUGAGAGACGGGGGGCUGCUCAGGAUCAGCAGUGUGCAGGUGGAGGAUGCAGGUCUGUAUACCUGCCUGGCCAGCAGCCCAGCCGGAGAGGACGGCAGGAACCACUGGGUCCGAGUUCAAGUUCCCCCAACUCUGCUGGGCUCCGGGGACAUCAGGACUGUUUCUGUCCCAGCAAAAGGACACCUGACACUGGAGUGCCAAACGGACAGUGACCCCCCUCCGGACAUAGAGUGGUUCAAGGACGAUGCCAAACUGCAGCUGGGGGGGCGUAUCCAGAGCCUUGCUGCGGGUCAGUUCCUGGAGAUACAGGAAGUGAUGCCUGAAGACAGUGGCCUGUACAGCUGUGUGGUCACCAACAUGGCCGGCAGCAACAGCCUGUCCUUCACCGUGCACGUCCUCCUACCACCCCUAAUCAAGGCUGGCCCCUCGGUGGUCACAGCACACGUCAAUCAAGCUGCAGUCAUGCCAUGUGAGGCAGAGGGAACGCCCACUCCUUCAGUCACAUGGAGAAAAGAUGGCAUCCUAUUGGUUACUGACAAUGGCAGGUUCACCAUGCUGGCGGAGGGCUCCCUGCGCAUUGGGUCUGUGCAGGUGUCUGAUUCCGGACGAUACUACUGCGCUGCUUCCAACCCGGCCGGGUCGGACCAUCGAGGGAUGGACCUGCGUGUAUUCGUGGGCCCAACCAUCAGCCCUGGUCCCUUCAACGUAACCGUGACAACGGGAGUGAGAGCCUCCCUCAGCUGUGAGACCACAGGUAUCCCUGCACCCAAGGUGUCCUGGAAGAGGAACGGGACCCCCCUGGACCUUGCAAAGGAUCCUGGGGCUUACAGGUUGCUGUCCUCUGGCUCGCUGGUGAUCACCUCCCCGUCCAAUCAAGAUGAAGGAUACUUCGAGUGCACGGCAACCAAUGAGGCGGGAGAGGAGCGCAGGGUCAUUGAGGUCAUUCUGCAAGUCCCCCCUUCUAUCGAAGAUGACAUCACCACAGUCACCGCCAUCAAGAUGUCCCCCGUGGUUCUGCCCUGUCACGUGCUUGGACGUCCCGAGCCCAAAAUCACCUGGACCAAAAGUGGGGCGCAGCUGGGAACUCGAGGGGGCAGCUAUCGAGUCCUGCCCACAGGAGUUCUGGAGAUCACAGCGGCUGAACCCAGCCAUGCAGGGCGCUACACAUGUUCCGCCCGCAAUCCCGCCGGAGUCGCCUACAAACACAUCACUCUGACCGUGCAAGAGCCCCCAGAGGUGAGGCCAAUGAAGGAGGAAGUCAAAGUGGUGUUGCAUCAUGGGAUUGUUCUGCCCUGUGAUGUCAAAGGGUUCCCCAGACCCACCAUCACCUGGCAACGGGAGGGCGUGCCCAUUGCAACAGGUCACAGGCUAGCCAUUCUGCCUAAUGGCGCGUUGCAGUUCUCUCGUGUGACACUAGGGGAUGCUGGUUCUUACCAGUGCCUGGCCCAGAAUGAGGCUGGCACAGCUGUGGGGAGGACACGUCUUGUUCUGCAAGUUCCCCCUGUACUCUCGGCCCCGCGUUUGGAGUACACAGCAGUGGUGGGGCAGCCGGUCAGCCUGCAGUGCGGGGCGGACGGCCAGCCCCAGCCGGAUGUGUCCUGGAUGAAGGACCGGCGCCCAGUGGCAGAGGGGGCCCACCUGCGCAUGUUCGCCAAUGGGACCCUGUGGAUCGCAGCCACCCAGCGCAGCGACGCCGGCCUCUACACCUGUUCCGCCCGGAACUUCGCCGGCAGGGCCAGCCUGGACAUCCGGCUCGUCAUUCAAAUCCCGCCCAUGAUUCCGGUUGGUCAGUCAGAGCUGUCAGUCAUCCAGGGAUUCCAGGCGUUGCUGCCCUGUGCUGCUCAGGGUUUGCCGGAGCCCAGGGUAUCGUGGGAAAAGGACGGCGCAGCGGUGGCGGCCCUGCCCGGCAAAUUCACCGUGCUGCGCUCGGGGGAGCUGAUCAUCGAAAGGGCAGAGCCCGGUGACGCGGGUGUGUUCACCUGCGUGGCAGUGAACCCGGCGGGGACAGCGCGUCAGGAGGUCCGCCUGUCCGUCAACAUGCGACCCGCCUUCAAGGAGCUGCCGGGCGACGUCACCCUCAACAAGGGCCAGCAGCUCACUCUGUCCUGCCACGCCCAGGGCACGCCCCCUCCCACCAUCACCUGGACGGUGAACAACACCCCCUUCCCAGGUGCCAGUGUGGAUGCGGCGGGCAGGAGCUCGCUGGUCAUCGAGAACGUUACCGCGAGUGACGCGGGCACCUACGUGUGCAAGGCAGACAACAGCGUGGGCACCAUCCGGGCGCUCUCAUUCGUCCGCGUCAGAGAGCCCCCUGUCCUGAGUGGGGAGGCCCACUUGUCCCAAACAGCGCCUCAGGGUGGGACGGCCGUUCUGGACUGUGCAGCCAGCGGUGACCCCGCCCCCUCUCUGCGAUGGCUGCGUGACGGACAGCCCCUGGUCAGCACCCUGCGGCAGCACCCCAUGCACAACGGCUCCCUGGCCAUCUACAGCGUCACGGCCACGGAUGACGGGGAGUACCGCUGUGUUGCGGAGAGCGAAGCUGGGAUGGCGGAGAGAAUAGUGUCCCUCAAAGUGCAGAUUCCAGGAGGUUAUUCCAGCUGGCAAGAAUGGGGUCCCUGCAGUGUCACAUGUGGGCGGGGUGUCCAGGAGCGAAUCAGGCUGUGCAACAAUCCAGUCCCAGCCAAUGGGGGGCGACCGUGUGAGGGGCCAAGCGCGGAAUCCAGGAGCUGUCACUCUCAACUUUGUCCAGGGGAGGUACCCCGGCGUGCGCGGGGCAGCCUGAUCGGGAUGGUGAACGAGGAGGAGUUUGGGGUGGCAUUCCUGGAGGCCAACAUCACCGACAACCCGGAGCAGGGCACCAGCACCCUGGAGGCCCAUGUGGAAAACAUCCCAGCCAGCGUAGGGCCACUGUUGCGGGUUCUGGUGUCUGUCUUCACACCGAUCUACUGGACAACUGUGCUUCAGACUGACAGCACCAGGAACGGCUACUCACUGACCCAGGGUCAGUUCCGACAGGAGUCCCAGCUGGAGUUUGAGACAGGUGAGAUUCUCCGGUUGACCCACGUGGCUCGAGGGCUGGACGCUGAAGGGGUUCUCCUGGUGGACAUCGUCAUCAAUGGCUUCGUCCCCCAAAUCCUGUCAGGGUCACACAUCAGCUUGCAGGAGUUUGACGAGUCCUACGUGCAGACGGGACCGGGGCAGCUGUACGCCUGGUCCUCCCAGACCCACCAGCAGGGUGGCGCUCCUCUGUCGUUGCGCUGCAAUCACUCCCUGGUGUACGAGGGGAGCCAGGGCCGGCAGGGGCCCCUGCUGCAGCUGCUCCGGGUCUCCAGCAUUAACGGGCUCUACAGCCGCCUCACCCUCAGCCUGGACUUCCAGCUCACCGUCUCCCUGCUCAUCCCAGAUGGCGAAGGAGAGAGUUGUCCUCAAGGGUUCGUCCUGGACGCAGCCUCGUACUGUGCGGAUGAGGAUGAGUGUGUGGUCCAGUCCCCCUGCUCUCACUCCUGCAAUAACGUGAUGGGGGGUUUCUCCUGCGCCUGCCCCUCCGGCUUCAGCAUCUCCCCGUACUCCAACACAUGCCAAGAUAUUGAUGAGUGUGCCCAGGGCUCGCACAUGUGCCACUACAACCAGCAGUGCGUGAACACCGUAGGGACGUACCGCUGCCAGGCGCAGUGCGGCCCAGGGUUCAAGCCCAGCGCCGUGGGAACCAGCUGUGAAGAUGUGGAUGAGUGCCAGGAGUCCUCCGUCUCUCCCUGCCAUCAUCAGUGCCACAACACCCUGGGCUCCUUUCGCUGCUCUUGCCGCCCAGGGUACCAGCUCUCUGGCGUCCGCUGCCUGGAUAUUAACGAGUGCACCAGGAACGUGUGCCCGGCUCACCAGGAGUGCCGUAACACAGACGGAGGGUAUCAGUGCUUCGACAGCUGCCCAGCUGGCAUGACCAAGGCAGAGGGAGGGGUUUGCGUAGACGUGGACGAGUGCAAGGACGGAAGCCACAUGUGUCGCUACAACCAGAUCUGCCAGAACACGGUCGGGGGGUACGGCUGCGUGUGCCCCCGAGGGUACAGGUCGCAGGGCGUGGGUCGGCCGUGCCUAGACAUCGAUGAGUGCCAGCAGGUGCCCAGCCCCUGUGCCCACCAGUGCCGGAACGUUCCGGGUAGCUUCCGCUGCCUGUGCCCGCCGGGCACCACGCUGCUGGGUGACGGGCGCUCCUGCGCCGGUCUGGAGAGGGGGCUGGCCAACGGCACCCGCGUCCUGGCGAGGCUGCGGCCCCAACUGGUGUCCACCCGGGGGAGGCCCGUCCUCGGCCGGCUCUCUGUCCAGCCCGAGCAGCACAGCCUGUCCCACAGCACCCGGUACGGCUGCCCGCUCGGGUUCACCCGCAAGGACAGCGUCUGCGUGGACAUAGAUGAAUGCUUGCAGAGGAACCCAUGCCAGCACGAGUGCCGGAACACUCUGGGCAGCUUCCAGUGCCUGUGUCCCCCAGGGUACCAGCUCUUACCCAAUGGGAGGAGCUGCAAGGAUAUUGAUGAGUGCACAGUACAGGGAAUACAGUGUGGGCCUAACCAGAUGUGCUUCAACACUCGAGGGGGGUACCAGUGCCUCGACACACCCUGUCCCGCCUCCUACCAGAGAGGGGGCAGUCCAGGAACGUGCUACAGGCCCUGCUCUCUGGACUGCGCUCCCGGGGGCUCUCCCCUUCUGCUGCAGUACAAGCUGCUGACCCUCCCCCUUGGCAUCCCAGCCAAUCACAACGUGGUGCGCCUGUCGGCCUUCUCUGAGACCGGGGUGCUGCAGGAACGCACCUCCUUCACCAUCCUGGAGCAGGGUGGAGACACCGGCGGGCAGCCCUUCGGGAUCCGGGACGAGGCGGGGCGGGGCAUCAUCUUCACGGUGCGGUCGCUGGACAGGCCGGGCCUGGUGCGGCUGCGGGUGCAGGCCACCACCCUCUCCGCCCAGGGCCACGUCACCUACCAGAGCAUCUUCAUCAUCUACAUCUCCAUCUCCAGCUACCCCUACUGAGCCACCGGGCUGGGAGCUGAAACCCCGGCCACCUGGCUCCACCCCCAUCAUGACAUCACAAAAACCCCACAGACCGUGCACAAUGAACGAUAUGCCAGCCAUCACCUUACAUUCAAGAUCUGGUCUGUUCCUGCACUUCUUGCUGUGUGCCAGACCUGAGGAUCAGGAUUGUAG